AUGGGUCAUCCUCUGGCUUACACAUUUCUCAGAUCUCGUCUUCUCCAGAGAUGGGCACUUAAGGGUCCUAUGAGCUUAAUAGAUCUAGAGAAUAACUACUUCAUUGUGAAGUUCCUUUAUGAGGAAGAUAUGAGAUACGUGUUCACUGGUGGUCCUUGGCAAAUUGCUGGCCAAUACAUUGUGACACAGAAAUGGAAGCCUGGGUUUAAUGCGAAGGAAGAGAAGAUCACCCAUAUGACUGCUUGGGUGGAUGCUCAUACUCUCAGUCAAGAUCGUGGUAAGUUUGCUCGAAUUUGUGUCGAAUUUGAUUUGGCUAAGCCUUUUACCCCAUUCAUUAAGAUUGAAGGCCGUACAUAUGGGGUUGUGUAUGAGGGAAUUAAUUUGGUUUGCUUUGAAUGUGGAUGUUUUGGGCAUGGGAGAGAUUCUUGCCCUAUUAUUUUGCAAGCCAAACAGCAGGUUCCAGAGUCAGAUAAUGCUGAUUGUAUGGAGGAUAUUUCUACUGUCCAGGUUAAUGUGAAUUUAGGUGCUGUUACAAAGGAGGCUGAGGUUCCAGCAAAGAUGCACGGGGAGUGGAUGUUGUUGAAGCCAAGGAAUUUUAGGAAGAAUAGCACAAAUGAUAUAGGGAAGGGUGCUGAGCUUAGCAAGAGGAAUACAAAGGAUACUGGUACGAAAGCUAUUAGUCCUGUCUUUGGUUCUCGUUUCAGUGUGUUGAUUGAGGAGGUUGGCAGAGAAGAGGAUAUGAAGGGAUCUACUCCUGUUAAGACUAGUAAUUCUAGUUCUAAAAAACAGGGUUCUUUUGCCAAUACUUAUUCUACUAAGGGAAAAAGUGCUGGGGUGAAAUUUGCUUCCUCUCGUGACUCUGGCACAUGGGUGUUUAAAAAACCUCUCAAGGACAUUUCCAAUUCCGUGGUAGGUAAUUCUAGUGGUGGUGGUGUUAAAAGUGGUGGCUCUCUUUUUCCAAAGUUGCCUUUGGGUAAGGGAGGUUUAUUUGUUGGUCAUGAACCUCCUGAUAUCAGUGAGAUGGGAAUUAAUGAGGUUCAGCCUUCCGAUGCGAGUGAUAUGGAUCAUCAGGGUAAUUUCUCUGAACAUUGUGAGUCUGAUACUGGACUAGAAGCUGAUAGCUCUUUUGAGCAUGAUGGUUUUGAAGCCGUUGAGGCUGAGCAUGUGCAGAUUUAG